AUGGAUUCUUGGAGCUACGGGAGAAGCGUUUUCUUGGAAAAUGGAACUGUUCUGCCUUCUGAUUCGUUUGCUCAGAGUAGAAAAGCCAUGGCUGGAUAUGAGCAGAGACUCUCUAAUGAAUUUGAGAAUGAUGAUGAUGUUUUGAUGUCCCAUAUGGCUGGUAAAUCCAAUGGAUUCAGUGCUGUUUCCAUUAGCAAGAUGGCGUCUUCCUCUUGUCUUGCUCCUUCGAGUUUGUUGCCCGUUGAGGAGGAUGAGGAGGAGAACCAAUCUUCUUCUUCAAAGCUGUCUAGAAUAGAUUUCAAAGUUAGGAGCUUUUUGGAUUACGAGAACGAUGGUACUUCGUCUAGAGCUAAAAAGACUCGAGCUUCAAACCUGUGCCCACAGAAUCCCUUGUGUCAAGUGUAUGGAUGCAAUAUGGAUCUGAGCUUUUCAAAAGAUUACCACAAAAGGCAUAGAGUUUGCGAGACUCAUUCAAAGACUUCCGUGGUUAUAGUUAGCGGUAUUGAACAGAGAUUUUGUCAACAGUGCAGCAGGUUUCAUUUCCUCUCAGAAUUUGAUGAUGGGAAAAGAAGUUGCAGAAGACGAUUAGCUGGUCACAAUGAGCGAAGAAGGAAGCCUUCAUUCUAUUUCCUACCUGGUAAACGGCAUAAGCUUCUUCGAACAUCUCAAGGGAACAAGUUUCUUGAAGCUUCAUCAGUCAAUGACUUCUCAUUGGUCUUACCAGAAGCGUUUCCCGGUAAUUUCUUGUACAGAGUAACGGAUGAGCAAGACCACUGUGCAAGUAGACUCGUGAGUUUCAAAGAUGAACCUACUUGCUCUAUGUUUCCUGCGAUUGCGCAAAACAACAGUCGUAGGAUAUAUGAAUCUAAAGCAAGGAUUUAUUCACCGGAAGCUUCUGGUGUAUCCUCGAUUUGGGACUUACAUGAGGCAGCGCCACGCUCUACUUGUGCUCUCUCUCUUCUGUCAGCUCAGUCCCAACAACACUUCUCUGAGACUCCAAGUCCAAACACAGCUUUCUCAAUCACCAAACCAAACCAAAACCUCAAUCAGAUGCAACCGUUGUGGAUGGAUCCUGGCAAGACCAGUUCUGUUUCUAGUUCACGUAAUGGAAAAGGAUCAUCCACGGUUGAUCUACUGCAAUUGUCAUCGCAUCUUCAAAGAAUCGAGCAACAGAGGAAUAUCACUGAUGAGGUGAAGCAGGAAUAUAAUGAACUUUAUUUCCCUAGCUCCUAAAAGAAAAUUGACAUUCUUAUUCCUUUAAACAGGCUCUAGUUUCUUGAAACUGUGUUGUGUAUAAGGCAAGCAUGGUUUGAUUAGUUUGUGAAUUUGGGAUUUGAUGAUUUUUGGAUUGGUGAGGUGAUUAGAUUAGGGGAAUGAAGAUCAAGUCUGGUUACACGUGUCUUUUUUUGUAAUUGGUCUUGUUUUUUUUUUUGGAACAAACUUGAACUGAUCUUGUUUAUUAUUAUUAUUAUUAUUAUUCACCAGUCUGAAGAAAAUUCCUUCAGAUAUC